AUGCUCAUCCCGCGUGGCAAGGCCGAAGGCUGGCUUCAUCUUGACGUCAAUCAGACCAAAGAAUGGGCCAGAUCAAACGGCGUGUCCUUCAACGCUGCAUCUGCUGCAUGUAUUCCUGGACGAGGAAUCGGCCUAAUCGCAGGCCGCGACCUGAAAGCUCCAGUUGAGGUCUUGUCCGUACCCGAAGAUCUCGUGCUCUCACUUGACACCAUCAAGCAGCAUGCUCAAUUCGAUUCCGAUUUCCGCGAGCUAUUCAACAGCCUGGGAGCUUCUGCCACUUCUCCUCGCAUGGCAAUCCUUUCCUUUCUCCUCUUCCAAGCCACCAUUUCUUGUCCAGAUCUUGCGCACAAGGUCGGCGUCCAUUCUCCAUUCACCGACUACGUCAAGACAUUGCCUUGCGAGCGGUUGCCCACGUUCUGGGCCGCUGAGGAACUUCAGUUGUUGACUGGAACCACACUCGCACCUGCUGUAUCGUCGAAGGUGCGGAGUCUUCGUCGGGAGUAUGACAUACUCUGCUCAUCCGCAGCAAACACUCGUUGGUUCCGAAUGGUGCAAUCAUUUAUUGAUCUCGAAGACUGGAUGCACGUAGAUGCAAUGUUCCGCUCUCGUGCUCUAGACUUUCACGGCCAGUGCAUGAUCCCGGGCAUCGACCUCUCAAGCCAUGCUGCUGGCGACGCCACCAACACAUUCUACGAUCGACGGGACGGGUCUUAUGUCCUGAUGCUAAUGGAAGGCAAAGAGCUUAAACAAGGCGAGGAAAUUACCAUUACGUAUGGUGACGAGAAGGGAGCAUGUGAAAUGCUAUUCUCAUAUGGCUUCAUAGAUGAACACAUGGAGUCGGCGGAGACCUUAUUCUUGAGUCUGACGAUCCCGGAAGACGACAUCCUCAAUGCAGGGAAGAUGAGCAUUGCUGGAUGCGCACCAGGCUUCAAGAUUAUCGAUACAUCUUCGAGGCGCGGCGUUCUAGGAAUUGACCCUUGUGAGGACUCUGCCAUCAAUUCAGACAAAACACACGGUCAUCACUCUGCCGACACCAACGAUGGCUUCGAUUGGACAGGAGAUUUCAUCUGGCUGCUCUGUGUGGGUCGCGAAGAUGGUCUUGAAUUCCGUUUGGCCAGGACAAUAGAUGGCCAGGAUGACGAAGUGGAAGCCACAUUUGGUGGCGAGAUUGUGAAGAACGCCACCAACCUCCGGCAGUUGCUCGCACAAAGUUCCUUAUGGGAAGUGUUCAGACUGCGGGCGGUGGUCAUCCUCCAGCAACGGGUGUUUGAUCAGAUGCAAGUACUGCACAGUACGCAGGAAGAUCUCGAGGGUAUACUGUACGGUGACGAGACGGCGAUCAAAGAACAACAGUACAAUCUAGCGAUGCAGCUAAGACGGCUAGAGUUCGAGCUCUUGGGUAAAGCGUACGAUGGUUUGGAGAUGCAGAAACUUGCACUCGCAGAUUCCGCUGUGGUGCAGACGUAUCUUGCGGGAGAAUGA